AUGAAAUUUCCAACGGAGAAUCCAAGAAAACCAGGGAACACGAACCCUACACCAGUUGCAGUCCAGACCAACCUUCUCCCCCCAAAAAAGAUGCAGCCAGGCAUGCUUCAGUCCAGCCUGGUGCAUGCCAGCGUGGCCACCAUGCAGAACCCCAUGGGCUGCAGCGUACCACGGCUCUCAGUCUCCAGCCGCCCCGCCAGCAUGGUGGCAAGCAUGGAGGGGGUGGCCGACGGUUCGGCCCCCUUCACGGUGAUGAAGUGGAAGACGGUGCUGGCGGUGUUCGUGGUGGUGGUGGCCUACCUGGUGGCGGGAGGCCUGGUGUUCAGGGCGCUGGAGCAGCCCUUCGAGAGCAACCAGAAGAUCACCAUCACUGCAGAGAAAGCGGCGUUCUUGCAGAAGCAUCCCUGCGUCUCACCGGACGAGCUGGAGGCCAUCAUCAAGCACUCUGUGGAUGCUGUGAAUGCUGGGGUGAAUCCCAUCGGCGAUACUUCAUACAACUCCAGCCACUGGGAUCUGGGCAGUGCCUUCUUCUUCGCUGGAACUGUCAUCACAACUAUAGGCUAUGGGAACAUCGCCCCGAGCACUGAGGGAGGGAAGAUCUUCUGCAUUCUGUAUGCAAUAUUUGGCAUCCCGCUUUUUGGAUUCCUCCUCGCAGGCGUUGGCGACCAGCUGGGGACCAUAUUUGUUAAAAGCAUCGCCAAGGUGGAGAAGAUGUUCAGGCGCAAACACAACCAGAUCAGUCAGACGAAAAUCCGCGUGGCCUCCACCCUCCUCUUCAUCCUGGCCGGCUGCAUCCUCUUCGUCACCAUCCCGGCCGUGAUUUUCAAACACAUCGAGGGCUGGACGGGGCUGGAGGCCAUCUACUUUGUCGUCAUCACCCUGACUACUGUUGGAAUAGGCGACUACGUGGCAGGAGGAGACCGGAGAAUCGAGUACCGUAAGUGGUACAGACCAUUAGUAUGGUUCUGGAUCCUGGUUGGUCUGGCCUACUUUGCUGCAGUGCUGAGCAUGAUCGGCGACUGGCUGAGGGUCCUGUCCAAGAAGACAAAAGAAGAGGUUGGAGAAAUCAAGGCUCAUGCAGCAGAAUGGAAAGCUAACGUGCGAGCCGAGUUCCGGGAGACGCGCCGCCGCAUGAGCGUCGAGGUCCACGAUAAGCUGCAGCGAGCCGCCACCAUCCGCAGCAUGGAGCGGCGCCAGCUGGGUCUGGACCAGCGCGCCGUGUCCCUGGACAUGCUUUCUCCCGAGCGCCGCGCCGUCUUCAACACCCUGGACACCAACCGCUACAAGACCCCCUCCCAGGAGAGCAUCGACACCAAGCUGAACAACCUGCGCCUGCGCGGGGCCGAGCAGUGCGACCGGCGCUCAAACCACGAGACCACGUCCGAGGACAACAUUUUCAACCGCCUGGGCUCCGUCACCAAGCUCACCAAGCGCAACAGGAACCGAGACCUGAAGAAGAACAUCCCCGAUGAGAACCGGCGGCCUCACAGCGAGGCGUACGGCUGCAGCACGCCCACUUUUGGCUGCGGCACUCCCACCAUGGAAGAAGGCAAAAGGAAGGAUGAAGGGGAGGACGACAACGAAGAGAAGGAGUGCAACACCAGCCUGUCUGAUUUCCCGCUGUUUGUGGAAGUGUGCAAGCCCCAGAACGGCUUUAUACCGGCGCAAACCAAAGAGAAUGAGAGCGAAACAACACUUGAAGAAAAAGAGCUACACAUUCAGAUGGGCCCAUAGACCAUCUCUUACUCCCAGAGAAAAAAAAAGGAGAUUUUAAAAACCACCGUUAAGUGCCUUACGUCUCUCUUAUUCCUGUGUGUGCUUAAGCAGGGACAACACCUGUCCCUUUGUGCUAUAUACUGUAAUGUUCAAGUAUUCACUGUGCCCUUUUGAUCUGAUGGAAGGACAUUGUGUUGGCCUCAUCCAUAUACGCUAUAUUAUGGUAAGACUUGGUAAGGUUGUGUGCAUUUCUGCAAUACCAAAAUGACGGUCGUAUUGUUUGAAUUGAAAGUUUAUGUGGAAAUCUAGUUUGUUAGUAAGAUCUGUAUUAGCUGUGAGUCAUGCUGGUGAUUACCACUGAUGUAAGACGCAGGGGUUGAUGAAAGUGGACAAUGCAAUAAAUGAUCUUCGAAAUUCAUGUCAUGCAGGUCGCUCCGGAAAUUUCCGGAGAGGCGCUAGCAGCAUAAAUUAGAAUGAGAGUCAAUGAUAACUCAACUGGAUUUGACGUUUACUUCUGCUCCCUGUAAGAAGUGUAAGGAUAAACGGCUGCCAGGGAGAUGAGGCAAAUACCAGGCAGUGGCAGGCUAAUGGAAGUGUUUUAAAAAUGGGUCUGACUUUUUGCACGUGGACCUCCAACUUGGUGCUGUGCUUCAAUAUGAGUACGAUUGAAGUCAGACGAGAUAAUAAAAAAAAAAAACAAAAAAUGAAAAAAAGACACUGCAGAAGAGCAGUAUGUCGAAACAGAGAAGUUCUUGUUAAAUGUAACACUACCAUCAUGUGUUUGUUCUCACGUUUUUCCUCAUUUUGACUCGAGACUAAAUUCUGAUGAAAAAAAAAAAAACGCAUUUGAAAAAUGAACGGAAAUGAUUGAGAAAAAAAAAAAAAAACAAACAUGCCACAUGUUGUCUGUGCAUGGUCCCAGAGCUAAGCUGUUGUCUGAGUAUGAUGUACCAAUACGCUACCUAGAUCAUGACCUCUUCUAACACUAUCUCAGGGCUUGUUGUCCUAAUGUUUGUCACUGACAUGUAUGUCUGAGGAGUGCUGCAUUCACACUUUCAGAAAGACGAGGGACUUUGGCUGCACUUGUGCUCUUUGAAAAUGACCUUGUAUGAAAAUAGAAGGGAAGAUAAGCCAUAAUGCAAGAGGGAGGCACCAUCUCAUGUGAAGGUAUGGACAUUUCCGGUAUUAUAAAAAGGGACUUUUUCCGCACCGUGGGGGAAACGAUGGCUCUUCAGUAGAGAGGUGAGCUCGAAUGCAGUGUGUCGCGCUGGCAUUUUUUUGCGAUACUUGACUUGAGUGUACCAUUUUAUGCCCACCGAGUACAACACUUUUUCACACUUGUCUUGUACCCUUAAAAAGGAAUGACACUAAAAAAAAAAAAAAAUUGCAUAAAAUAUGUGAGCUUUGUCACCGAUUGUACUACAGUAACACCACAUAAAUAGCUUUCUCUUUUCCACAUAUAGACUCCCCGACCUCAUGUAGACGUAGUCACACUGCAACCUCAUGUAUGCACACCCUGUCCGUCCGAUCCUACUCGUCCACAUUACUAUGGGUGCAGCGUUAGCCUAGUGUGAAUGCAGCAAAAAAAAGACUAUCAAUGUGUGUUUUGAAAAAUGCUUCAAAGAGUUA